UCAUUAAAAAUCCCAAGAAUUUAUGUACUAAAAGCACCUCCCCUGCAUCUUUACAACUAGUAUUAAUCAAACAACACUAAUCUCAGAAUCAGUGACAUGUUUCUUCCUUCUCUUCCUCUAGCCACAAAACUAAUCCUUACUCUGUGAUUUCUCCCCAAGAAAAUGAAGAGUUCCUCCAAAAGCCACGUCUAUUCUCUCAUUUUCCUUCUCCUUCUUCUUCUAACAUCACUCUCAGAAUCACAGCUAACGUCAAGUGAAUCAAGAACUCUACUAGAAAUCCAGAAACAUUUGCAAUAUCCACCAGUUCUACGAUCAUGGAGCAACUUCACCAACUUCUGCUACCUCCCAUCUUCUCCUUCCUUCAAAAUCCUCUGUUUCAACGGCCACGUAACCGAAUUAACCGUCACCGGGAACAGAACCGUUAAGCUCUCCAAAACAUUCUCCACCGACUCCCUCUUCACCGUUCUGACAAAACUCUCAAACUUAAAGACCCUGUCUCUCGUCUCUCUCGGCAUCUCUGGUCCCCUCCCUCCAAAGAUCACCAGGUUUUCUUUUUCUCUCCAGUCUCUGAAUCUCAGCUCUAACUUCAUCUCUGGAAAAAUCCCUAAAGUGAUCUCAUCGUUGAAGAGCCUGAGAAGUCUUGUUCUCGCCAACAACGAGUUCAACGGGAGUGUUCCUGAUCUCAGAGGAUUGUCUAAUCUCCAAGAGCUGAAUCUAGACGGUAAUAAACUCGGCCCUGACGUUGUUACUUCGCUCGCAAGUAACUUGAUCACUGUUUCAUUGAAGAACAACUCUUUUGGAUCCAAUCUCCCAGAACAGAUCAAGAAGCUGAAUAAGCUUCAAAGCCUGGAUCUUUCUUCCAACAAGUUUGUUGGAUCAAUCCCAAGAUUCCUUUUCUCGCAUCCUUCGCUACAGAAUCUAACUUUGGCACAGAACUUGUUCAGUGGAUCACUUCCAAACUCAUCUCUAUGCAGCUCCAAGCUUAGACUUUUAGAUGUUUCCAGGAAUCUUCUAACUGGAAAGCUUCCAUCUUGCUUGUCUUCCAAGACUUACCAUAAUCAGACAGUGGUCUACACAUUCAACUGCUUGUCUGUCAAUGGCUCCCCCUCUGCAAAGUAUCAGCGUCCUGUUUCCUUCUGCGAAAACGAAGCAAAGCAAGCGGUUUCUGCUGUGAAGUCUGACACUAAGGAUCACCAAAAGAAAGAAGAAGAAGAUAAAGGAAUAGAACUUGGAUUGGUGAUUGGGAUUAUCAUAGGUGUGGUCCUCGUUUCAGCAGUUUUGGCUGGUUUAGUUAUGGUUAGGAUGAAAAAGUCAAAAUCAAAAGAAGUACCUUUAGAAGCAAGCAACGUCGACAAGGUCUCCGUUUGUAGCACAGCCACAAGGUCCACUACAUCAAAGACAGUACCAGAUCCAAGACGUGUACCACAAACAAUGAGAUCUGCUGUGAUUGGACUAUCACCAUACCGUGUUUUCUCUCUGGAGGAGCUGGAAGAAGCCACCAACAAUUUUGAUGCAGCAAGUCUCUGUGGAGAACAGCUGUACAAAGGUUGUCUUAGAGAAGGGAUAGCAGUGACGGUGAGGUGUAUUAAGCUGAAACAGAAGAGUUCAACAUCAACGCAGAACUUGGCUCAACAAAUGGAAGUUUUAUCAAAGCUGAGGCAUAUGCAUUUGGCCAGUGUUCUUGGACACUGCAUUGGUACUUACCAAGACCAUCAUCCAUACGCCGGGAGCACCAUUUUCAUAGUCCAAGAAUACAUCUCUAACGGGUCUUUGAGGGACUACCUCACUGAUUGGAGAAAUAAAGAGGUGUUGAAAUGGCCUCAGAGAAUGUCAAUAGCCAUUGGAGUAGCUACAGGGAUACAGUUUUUGCACACAGGAGUGGCACCAGGAAUCUUUGGGAACAAUUUGGAGAUAGAGAAUGUCCUGCUUGAUGAAACACUCACUGUUAAACUCAGUGGCUAUACUAUUCCUUUACCAUCCAAGGUUGGAGCAGAAAGCACUAGCAAUGAAGAUGGAGAGAAGGAAGAUGUGUACCAGUUUGGAGUGAUCCUACUUCAGAUCAUCACGGGGAAAGUAAUGGCGGCUGCAUCUUCAGAAUUGGGAAGCUUGAAGCUUCAGCUGGAGAAUGGUUUGAGAGAACCAUCGGUGUUGCGUAGCUUAGCAGAUCCGAGCGUGAGGGGAACGUAUGCGUAUGAGUCACUGAGGACCACAGUGGAGUUUGCCAUUAACUGUCUUUGUGAAGAUCAGAGGAAGCGGCCAUCGAUAGAGGAUGUUGUAUGGAACCUGCAGUACACAAUUCAGGUGCAGCAAGGAUGGACAAGCAGUGGGAACCUUGGGGUUGGUGAUACAUAGAUGAAAGGAGGAAUAUGUCUUCACCAUCCCUGAUUGAAAUAGAGAAACAGCUUGAUGACAAAUUCAAAACCCAUAUAGGAAGAUGAAUGUAAACCUCAGAGAAAAAGAGAGGCAGAGCUGCAAAAGCUAUAUAUGUCAGUUGAUUGUUCAA